AUGUGGUUGUCUAUGAUCUCUGUGCUAGCCGUGUUGGCAAUAACUAUCAAUGCACAACAACAAUAUAUUACCACAACCGGUCCCUCUCCACGGACACAAUGCUCGACAGCAGCAUCAUGGAGCCAGCCAAACUAUCACUUUGCUGCCUUCCAGUAUUCGAUGAGUGAGACCAUAAGAGUGGCCACCUCGGUACCCGCGCCAACAACGACUUCAACUUACGCUGCACCACCAGACUCGUUGACCUCGUUGAUCCCCUCGAUAUCAUAUACGACUUGGGGGAAAUGGGACCCUAACACCACGGCUUCAGCAAAUGAUACGGACAAUCCCUACGGAAAUGCGGCUUGGACUGCCCUAUGGGAGGCAGCCAACCCCCCAAAUUUCACCGAACAGGCACUUUAUAGCACCACUGUGGAGCCCACUGCGCUCCCGACGAGUGAGUUGAUACUUCCUCCAGCAGAUUACUUCGGACCGACAGAUUGUUACCAAUUUCCCAAGGAGUUCAUGUUUGGAGUCGCGGGCUCGGCAUCACAGAUCGAGGGUGCGACUGCUGAAGAGGGCAAGUCGCCGUCAUUGAUGGACGUUCUAGUUCAGGAUGACAGGCCGAAGGCGUACGUCACGAACGAGAACUACUAUCUUUACAAGCAGGAGAUUGAGCGAUUGGCUUCAAUGGGGGUUAAAUACUACUCGUUCAGUCUGGCUUGGACUCGUAUUCUUCCCUUUGCCUUGCCGGGCACUCCUGUCAAUCAGGAAGGAUUGCAACAUUAUUCGGACCUGAUUGACUUUGUUCUCGCCAAAGGCAUGAUCCCCACCGUCACGCUGUUGCACUUCGACACGCCUCUGCAGUUCUUCGCCGGAAACUUGACUGCAACACAGGAGCCGCCCUUAAUCGGCUAUGUCAAUGGUGGAUAUCAGAACGAGACGUUCAUUGACGCUUUCGUCAACUAUGCGCAGAUUGCCAUGACGCACUAUGCAGACCGAGUGCCCGUUUGGUUUACAUUCAACGAGCCGCUGCUGUACUCAAGUGACGGGAAAUCCAUCAACAACGUGAUCAAAGCGCAUGCCCAGGUUUACCACUUCUACAAGGAAACCCUGGGAGGUACGGGCAAGAUAUCCAUCAAGUUCAAUGAUAACUUCGGCGUUCCUCGAGAUCCCUCAAACCCUAACGAUGUCUACGCGGCUGAUCACUUCAAUUCUUUCCAGCUCGCGACCUUCUGUAAUCCGAUAUUCCUUGGAAUCGACUAUCCAGACUCGUACAAGCAGACAGUACCUGACUAUAUCACAUUGACGGCGGAGGAUCUCGCAUACAUUGGCGGCACAGCCGACUAUUUGGGCAUCGACCCAUACACUGCCACCGUGGUAGCACCACCCGUUCCUGACUCCAUCGACUCCAUACUCGAAUGUACGACCAACUCAUCCAGCCCAUACUCACCAUACUGCGUGAAUCAAACUUUAUCAAACCCUGCCGGCUGGAACAUCGGCUACCGCUCACAAUCCUACGUCUACAUAACACCGACCUACCUGCGCCUUUACCUGUCCUACCUGUACAACACGUUCCGCAAACCCGUCAUCAUCACCGAGUUCGGCUUUCCCGUAUUCGCCGAAGCCGAGAAAGUCGACCUGAGUGAUCAGCUCUUCGACACACCCCGUUCCAUCUACUACCUCAGUUACAUGUCCGAGGUGUUGAAGUCGAUCUGGGAGGACGGUGUCGAGGUGGCAGGUGCUUUUGCUUGGAGCUUCGCUGAUAACUGGGAGUUUGGCGACUAUGAUGCGCAUUUCGGCUUGCAGACGGUCAACCGCACCACACAGGAGCGGAGGUUCAAGAAGAGUUUCUUCGAUUUGGUCGAUUUUGUUAAUACCAGGUCGUGA